AUGGACAAGAUAAUCUACAUCUCUCUCACUUUCUACCUUUGUACAGCUCAGUCCAGCCCUGAUGCACAGUUUCAGUGGCAUUUUAAUGGGGCAAAACUGGACAAAGUGGGCAAGGAACUCAAACUGGAGAAUAUACAGCAGAAUCAGAGUGGUAAUUACAGCUGUUGGGCCCAUAACACUGUAACUCUGCGGUAUCAGUCAUCUGAACCUUCACUGAUCAAUGUUAUCGAGAAAAUAUCUGGUGCCUCCAUCUCUGGUCUUACAGCUGAACUGAUAGCAGGUAACAGCUCCUUAAAUCUGAGCUGUCAGGCAUCUGCUGGUUCCAUCAGUAACAGGCUGUGGCUGAAGGAUGGUCAGUCGCUGUCUCCUAGCAACAGAGUCACGUUCACUGCAGACAACAGCUCUAUGAACAUUAAGAAGGUGGAAAAGGACGAUGCAGGACAGUACAAGUGCAGCCUAAGCAACCCGAUCAGCACUGCUACUGCAGAGCGUGAUGCGGUUGUAAACUAUGGUCCAGAGAGCGUGACAGUCCAGGGAGAAAAGACUGUAAAGAUGAACACCAAGGUGGUGUUAGAGUGCUCUGCUUCAUCAGUACCUCCUGCAGGUUUCAUGUGGACUUUCAAUGAGACAUUAACAAAUGUGAAGACGGAUACAUUCAUUAUAGAGAAGGCUAAUUAUAAUGAUAGUGGGGAUUACACCUGUGUGGCCAGCAAUGCGGUUACUGGACUGAAAUCCACAUCUGUCCAUACAUUGGUGGUCAAAGGUGAUAUUAACCAGAGUAACGGUGGUCUCUCCGGAGGAGCCAUCGCAGCCAUUGUUAUUGUACUCCUGUUGGUAUUUGCUGCAGUUGGAGCUGGAAUCUUUAUAAUGAAGAAAAAGAAGACGGAGAUGACAGGCAGCCCCUCCGGUCAAGGUGAGUGGGACUGUGCGGUGAACUACCUGGAGCUGCAAUACAAGAACAAGGAUGAAUAUGCUGUGAUUCAGGGAUAA